CUGAUCGAGGAGAAGUCUGUGCUGGCUGACCAGCUGCAGGCCGAGGCGGAGCUGUUUGCGGAGGCGGAGGAGAUGAGGGCGCGGUUGGCCAGUCGGAAGCAGGAGCUCGAGGAGGUGCUGGGUGAGAUGGAGACUCGAUUGGAGGAAGAGGAGGAGAGAGGCACGCAGUUGACCAAUGAGAAGAAGAAGAUGCAGCAGAAUGUUCAGGACCUGGAGGAGCAGCUAGAAGAGGAGGAAAGUGCACGACAGCGCCUCCUGCUGGAGAAGGUUACCUUGGAGACCAAAGUGAAGAGUCUUGAAACGGACAUGAUGACUACAGUGGAGCAGAGAGACCGACUCAGCAAGGAGAAGAAACAGUUUGAAGAGCGUCUGAGUGAGGUGACCGAUCAGCUGACUGAGGAAGAGGAGAAAACUAAAAGUCUCAACAAACUUAAGAACAAACAGGAGGCCGUCAUCGCUGACCUGGAGGAGCGCCUGAAGCGUGAGGAGCAGGGUCGCUUGGAGCAGGAGAAGUUUAAGAGGAGGAUGGAGAACGACUCGGUGGAAACCCAGGAGCAGCUCUCAGACCUGGGCAUGCUGUCCGCCGAGCUGAGGGGCAGUCUGGCUCAGAAGGAGAAGGAGAUCACCACCCUGCAGGGCCGGUUGGAGGAAGAAGGAGCUCGUCGUGCUGAAGCUCAGAGGUCGCUGAGAGAGGCCAUGUCCCAGGUGUCUGAGCUGAAGGAGGAAGUGGAGAAUGAGCGAGGGAUGAGGGAGCGGGCGGAGAAACAGAGGAGAGAUUUAGGGGAGGAGCUGGAGGCUUUGAGAACCGAGCUGGAGGACACACUGGACACCACAGCUGCCCAGCAAGAGCUCAGGUCUCGUCGGGAGGCGGAGUUAAAUGAUCUCCAGCGGUGUGUGGAAGACGGGGCUCGCCGCCACGAGGGCCAGCUCUCAGAACUCAGAGUCAAACACAGCGGUGCCAUCGACAACCUUCAGGAACAGCUGGACAACAGCAAGAGAGCACGUCAGUCCUUUGAGAAGGCCAAAUCAGUGCUGGAGGAAGAGAGGCUGAAUUUGAGCUCGGAACUUAAGAGCCUCCAAGCGAGCCGCACGGAGAGCGAGAGAGGUCGUAAGAGGGCCGAGGGUCAGCUGCAGGAGGUCGGCGCCCGCCUGGCUCAGGCCGACAGAGAGCGGGACGAGAAGGAAGAGAAAGUGCACAAGCUGCAGUGUGAGCUUGAGACUCUCGGCGGCAGUGUGUCCUCCUCUGACACCAAAUCCCUUCGGCUGGCCAAAGAGGUCAGCAGCCUGGAGAGCCAGCUGAAUGAUGCCAAGGAACAACUGCAGGAUGAAAGUCGUCAAAAGAUGGCUCACAGCUCGAGGGUACGAGCGCUGGAGGAGGAAAAGAACGGACUGAUGGAGAGACAGGAGGAAGAGGAGGAGAGAGCCAAAGAGUUAACCCGGCAGAUUCAGACCCAUGCCCAGCAGCUGGCAGAGCUCCGUAAGCAGUCGGAGGAGGUGAACACGGCCGUGGAAGGCGGAGAGGAGACGCGCAGGAAACUCCAGAGAGAGCUGGACAGCGCCGUCGCAAAGGAGCUGCAGAAGGAGGAGGAGAAGGAGAGGGUGGAGCGGCAGAGGGAGCGACUGAGGGAGGAGAUCGAGGACAUGACCCUCGCCCUGCAGAGAGAGAGGCAGAACUGCACGGCCCUGGAGAAGAGGCAGAAGAAGUUUGACCAGUGUCUGGCCGAGGAGAAGGCGGUGAGCGCUCGGCUGGCAGAGGAAAAGGACCGAGCAGAAGCAGACAGCCGAGAGAAAGAGACCAGACACAUGGCACUUUCCCGAGCCCUGCAGGAGGCCCAGGAAGGAAAGGAAGAGCUAGAGAGGGCCAACAAGCAGCUCCGUCUGGAAAUGGAACAGCUUGUUAACCAGCAGGACGACGUCGGCAAGAGUGUCCAUGAGCUGGAGCGCAGCCGCAGGAGCUUAGAAGCUGAAGCACAGAACCUGCGAAUACAGACGCAGGAGCUGGAAGAGGAGCUGACGGAGGCGGAGAACUCCAGGCUGAGGCUGGAGGUCAACCUGCAGGCGCUCAAGGCCCAGUUUGAGAGGGAGAUCGGCACCAACGAGGAGAAGGGAGAGGAGAAGAGGAGGGCACUGAGCAAACAGGUGAGGGAGCUGGAGAUCCAGCUGGAGGAGGAGAAGAGUCAGAGGUCUGGGGCUGUGUUGUCCAAGAAGCAGCUGGAAGCAGAGCUGCAGGAUGCGGAGGCCACGGUGGAGACCACCACCCGCGGAAAAGAGGACGCUAUGAAGCAGCUACGGAGGCUGCAGGGUCAAAUGAAGGAAGUUCUGCGCGAGCUAGAUGAGAGCAAGUUGUCCCGGGAAGAGGUGAUGACUCAGUCCAAGGACAACGAAAAGAGGAUCCAAACUCUGGAAGCAGAGGUCCUGCAGUUCACUGAGGAGCUCUCUGUAUCAGACAGGCAGAAGAGACAGGCUCAGCAGGAGAGAGACGAGAUGGCCGAUGAGAUGGUCAACAGCAGCUCUGGAAAGAAUGUGCUGUUUGAAGAGAAGCGGAGGUUAGAUGCACGAGUCAGUCAGCUGGAGGAGGAGCUGGAGGAGGAGCAGAGUAACGCUGAGCUGAUGUCAGAGAGACAGAGGAAGAAUGCUCUACAG